AUGAAUGUCCCAGAACCCCCUAUUUUCCCCGUUCUCGAAGGGAAGGUCGCUAUCAUCACCGGCGCCGCUCAAGGCAUGGGAAAGGCCACCGCCUCUGUGUUCCUUCGAGCGGGUGCCAAGGUAGUGAUCGCCGAUGUGAAGGAAGAGCAAGGCGCGCAGGUCGCAGAGGAGCUUUCUGCUCUGGGCGAAAUUCGUUUCGUAAAGACCGACAUUUCCAAGUCCGAGGAUGUCCAGAACCUCAUUGCCGAGACGGUCAGUGCGUUUGGCAAAUUAGAUGUGGCAAUCAACAAUGCUGCCUUGACUCCCGACCAGACUCCACUUAUGGACUUUGACGAGACGUAUUGGCGGCGGCUGAUGGAUGUCAGCUUGACCGGCACUGCUCUCUGCUGUAAGUACCAGAUGCAGCAGAUGACGAAGCAGGGCUCAAAGGGUUCUAUUGUCAAUAUUGCUUCGAUCAAUGCAUAUUCCCCACAGCCAAAUAUGCCUGCAUACACGUCUGCAAAGCAUGCACUUUUGGGCUUGACCAAGCAUGCGGCGACCGAAGGUGGGCCGAAGGGUAUUCGGGUCAAUGCUAUCGCACCUGGCGCGAUUUUUAGUGAAAUGUCGGCCGCGGCAUUGGAAAUUAUGGGAACCACUCACGAUGAGUUCGCACCCAAGGUCAGCAGCUUGCACCGGUUCGGACAGGCCCAUGAGGUAGCCCAGGGGUCGCUUUGGCUGGCAUCCGAGGGCUCUUCUCGAGCUUCCCUCGCUAAUCUUGCUUCAGGCAUUGGGGCCGCGAUAGUCCGAAAUCUAGCCACCAAGGGCUGCAACGUGAUUAUCAACUAUGCAACCGAAGCCUCCGAUGCGUCUGCUGCAGCCCUCGUCACAGAACUCGAGAGUGAAUACUCUAUCCAAGCACUAGCUAUUCGCGCAGAUAUCACCUCGCGUGAGGAAUGUGCACGAAUCGUAUCAACCGCCAAGGAGCAUUUUUCGAACCCCGAGACGGGAUCCUUCCAAAUCGACAUCAUCGUACACAACGCCGCGGUCCUUUACCUCGGUCCACUUGAAUCAGUCCAGGAAUCCGAAUUCCACCGAAUCUAUGAAGUAAACGUUCUAGGCCCACUGCUUCUCACCGGCGCCUGCAAGGAGUAUCUUCCAACGGAUCGAUCGGGACGCAUUGUGAUGUUAUCGAGCAUCGCUCAAAAAACAGGGACUCAGCAUACUUCGCUUUAUGCGGGAACCAAAGGUGCCAUUGAGGCUAUGACUCGGGUGUGGUGUCGUGAACUCGCUGAGAGGGCCACUGUCAAUGCGAUUAACCCUGGUCCCGUGAUGACGGAUAUGUAUAUGACGGCACCCGAUGCCGUAAAGGCGGAGCUUGGGCUGUGGAAUCCACUCACACCCUUGGUAGCUGUUCGUGAGACUGAUAGCGCAGAGGUGCGGGAGCUGGGAGCCAAAUUCGGAGGUCGAGCGGCAUAUGCGGAAGAGAUUGCAGGGCUGAUUGCUACGAUCUGUAAUCCUGAGUUCGGUUGGUGUACUGGGAGUGUCAUCUCUGCCAACGGGGGGUUGUCAUUUAGCACCUAA